UAUUUAAGGCCACAUUCAGCUGAGCCAAGACCAAAGGAAGAACACUCCUCACAUAAUCACCUCACCUUGUGCUGUCAUACGCUGAAGAGCCAGCAUGGCUUCCUUCACAUUGUCAACAUUCCUUGGUGUUGCUGUUCUCUCAAGCAUGGCUUUGGUAUCUCACGGCGCUGGGACACAAUUGCUUCAGGGUCCCUGCCCUGAUGGUUGGAUUCACUACAAUUUCCGCUGCUUCCGGCACGUAAAUAAUAAGAAGAAUUGGAUUGAUGCUGAGCUAAACUGUUUGAAUCUUGGGGCAAACCUGGCUUCAGUGCACAGUGAAGAUGAGCAUCAGUUUCUUCAACAGCUCCAUUUCGGUUAUGACCGUGUUGAAAACGGCCCAUACUGGAUCGGAAUGUCAGACCUGUACAAGAAACAAGCAUGGAUUUGGACCGAUGGUACAAAUCCAAGUGACUUUUCAAGGUGGGUUCCUGGAGAGCCCAACAACGGAUGGAAUAUAGAGCACUGUGUGCACUCAAACUAUGGAGACCUGAAAGGCUGGAAUGACGUUGCAUGUACCGCAAUGUUUCAGUUCAUCUGUGCCAAGCGAUUGAGUGACAAACCUGGCCUCUAACCUAGCUGAACCAGCUCCAUGAUGAAGUUGCAUUGCAUUUCUUUUAAUAAAGUUCUGAGCA